UCUCCAACUGCAGAAAAGGCAGCAUGAGAUUCUUUCUGCUCUCUCACUCCCAGCCCCACAACCACAAAAACACACACACAUGCAUGUUGUUCAUCUUGGCAGCUAGCUUGCCCUGCAACCAAGCAAACACAACAGCUCACCUGCCUCUUGCCUCUCUGCUUGCUGCUCCCUGCCAUUGUCCCUCACACACACACACAAACUACACACCAAUCUGAAUCUUUUUCCCUCAGCAUGAAUCAUCAUCAUCGUCAUCAGCUAUCCAUAUCAUUCCAUCAGUCUCCUUUGCUUCCUUCUCCUCAUGCAUUCUGUCUGCCCUGACCAGGACAUGCUGCCAUGUCGACCUGCCAUUCUUCACCACCAUCGCUCGUGGACCUCGUGAGCCUCCCACCUUCUUCUCCGGCGGGCGGCGGCGGCGGUGGCGCCGGCGCCGGCGUGGUGCAGGUGGUGCCGCUGGACGUCAGCGAGGAGCUCCUGGGCAAGUUCCAGGACACCAGCGAGUUCGGCUUCGAGUACGAGAAGAGCGGCCUCUGGUCGCCGCUGGUGGUGCGGCCGGAGGCCCUCGUGCUCGCCGGCGGCGGGAAGCGCCGGCGCCGGAGCUGGAGGAGGAAGGUGUUUUGCUGCUGGUGAGUGACAGUCUGACAUGCAUGAAGCAUGGGGAGCUUUGAUCAUUAGGCAAAGGACUCAUGGAUAUGAUUCUGCAGUUUAGGGAGUUUUUCAUGUAAUUAUGGGAAUAUUGAUUGGAUGUAUAAUUGCGUUUCACGGAGUAGUAAUUUCACCUUGCCUUCCUCUUUUUAAUUUUGGCUUUGUAACGAGGAAACAUGUAGAAAAUUAGUACUCAAAUGACUUGUGUGUAGUAGGGAUUGUAGUGGUGUGUUCACUGAUUUUCAGUUUGGUAGAAAACCUGAUGCUGUGCAAAAUAUAUGAAUGCUUGUGUUUUAACUGUUCAUUUA